CACCAUCUCACCACCACCACCAAACCCCACCACCAUGUCGUCGUCCAAAGACGCCGAGGCCGCGGGCCGCGACUCUGGGCCCGAGCUCACGCCGUCGCUCUCCGAGCUGCGUGCGAAUGCGCGCCGCGCGACCGAGAAGGAGCAGAACAUGACGCUCAUGCAAGGCCUGCGGCUCUACCCCAAGGCCGUGGGCUGGUCGCUCCUCAUCUCGACCUGCAUCGUCAUGGAGGGCUACGACGUGUGCCUCCUCGGCAACUUUUACGCCUUCCCCCAGUUCAACGAGAAGUACGGCAAGCUCAACAAGGACGGCAAGUGGGAGAUCCCAGCGCCCUGGCAGGCCGGCCUGAGCAACGGCGCCAACGUCGGCAGCAUCAUCGGCCUGUUCCUCAACGGCAUCGUGUCCGAGCGCUUUGGAUACCGGUACACGGUCAUGGGAUGCCUGAUCCUGCUGUCGGGCUUCAUCGCCAUCGCGUUCACCGCCAAGGACAUUGUCGCGCUCCAGGUCGCCGAGAUCCUGUGUGGUAUCCCAUGGGGCGUCUUCCAGACCCUCACCAUCACCUACGCGUCCGAGGUCUGCCCCGUCGCGCUGCGCGGAUACCUCACAUGUUACGUCAACUUUUGCUGGGGAAUCGGACAGGUAAUCGGGUCGUCUGUCAUAAAAAGCAUGCUCCCCCGGACCGACCAGUGGGCGUACCGCAUUCCGUUCGGCCUGCAGUGGAUGUGGCCGCUUCCGCUGUUCAUCGGGGUCUUGCUCGCGCCCGAGUCGCCGUGGUGGCUCGUGCGCAAGGGCCGGCUCGAGGAGGCCAAGCACGCGCUGCUGCGUCUCACCAGCCUCGACCGCGAGACCGACUUUGACGCCGACGAGACGAUCGACAUGAUGCGCCACACCACCGAGCUCGAGCGCGAGAUCACCUCGGGAUCCAGCUACCUCGACUGCUUCCGCGGCUCGGACCUCCGCCGUACCGAGAUCGUGUGCAUGGUCUGGGCGAUGCAGAACCUCGCUGGCAACUCGUUCUCGGGCUACGCGACCUACUUCCUCCAAAAGGCGGGCGUGCGCAACGACAUUGCGUUCGACUUUACCAUUGGCAUCUACGCGAUCAACUGUGCCGGCGUGUUCGGCGCAUGGGGCCUCAUGUCCAUGGGUGUCGGCCGCCGCACGCUGUAUCUGUACGGCCUGUGUGGCCUCUGUGCCGCGCUCUUCGUCAUGGGCUUCCUUGGCCUCGUCCCCGAGGCACACCGCCAGCAGGCCGCCAUGGCCACUGGCGCGAUGAUGAUCAUCUGGGCUGCGUUCUACCAGUGCACCGUCGGCACGAUUGCGUACAGCCUGGUGGCAGAGAUCUCGACCCGCCGCCUGCAGAUCAAGACCAUUGUCCUCGGCCGCAACCUGUACAACGUCGUCGGCAUUGUCUGCUCCGUGCUUACGCCGUACAUGCUCAACACGGACGCCUGGAACUGGGGCAACUACGCCGGCUUCUUCUGGGGCGGAUCGUGCUUCCUGUGUAUCAUCUACACCUACUUCCGAGUCCCAGAGCCCACGGGUCGCUCGUUCGCCGAAAUCGACUUGCUCUUUGAGCACGGCGUCUCCGCGCGCAAGUUUGCGACCACAAACGUGGACGUGUUUGCGAAGAACGCCGUGUCGCACGUGGAGCAGGUCGAUGAGAAGAAGUAGAUUGAUCUCUAGAGUGCUAGAGUGUAUUAGAGGAUUAGACCUAGUUGCUACUGUUGAAUAAUUACUCGUACUCGUGCCAUGCAAUGGUUAAUGCAGA